AUGUCGGAUACGAUCCGGUUGUAUUGGCAUCCAAUCAAAGAACCACUCACACAGUCUGGAUCCCGAGCCGGCUUUGUUGUGGGGAAGCAGUACACUUACCCUAACUGCCACCGUGUUUCCCACUCGGCCCGGAACCCUGCCCGACGGACAAAGAGGAGAAAGAUCCACCGCGGCCGAAACCUCCGCCUUGUCCACCGUGGCUGA